AUGGCGGCGCGGCGGGCGCAGCGCGGCGCCAUGCGCAGGGUGCAGGUCGUGCUGGGCCACCUGGCCGGGCCCCCCGCGGGGCUGCAGGCCGCGCCGUGCGCUGCCUACGCGGCGCCCGCCGCCGGCAAUGCCGACGACGUGGUGGUGGUGCACGGGCGCCGGACGGCCAUCGGGCGCUCCAAGCGCGGAGGCUUCAAGGACACGACGCCCGAUGAGCUGCUCUCCGCCGUCAUGAGCGCCGUGCUGCAGGACCUCGACCUUCCCGCCGAGGCCCUGGGCGACAUCUGCGUGGGGAACGUGCUGCAGCCUGGAGCUGGCGCCUUGACCGUGAGAAUUGCACAGUUCCUCAGUGGUAUCCCGGAGACUGUGCCCUGCUCAGGUGUUAGCAGGCAGUGCUCCUCGGGACUGCAGGCUCUUAUCAAUAUAGCUGGUGGCAUCCGAAAUGGGGCAUAUGACAUUGGCUUGGCCUGUGGCGUGGAAUCAAUGUCUCUCAGAAGUGGAAACAACCCUGGAGAUAUCAGUUCCCGUUCGAUGGAAAACAGCAAAGCUCGCGAUUGCCUUAUUCCUAUGGGGAUAACCUCAGAAAAUGUGGCAGAGAAGUUUGGAAUUUCCCGAAAGAAGCAAGAUGCCUUUGCCUUGACUUCCCAACAAAAAGCAGCAAGAGCUCAGCAGAUGGGGCUGUUUAAAGCCGAGAUUGUUCCAGUGAAGACCACUGUUGUAGAUGACAAGGGCAAUCGGAAAACCAUCACUGUGUCCCAGGAUGAAGGGAUUAGGCCCUCUACUACCCUGGAAGGCUUGGCAAAGCUGAAGCCGUCCUUCAAGGAGAACGGCAGCACCACAGCAGGUAACGCCAGCCAGGUCAGUGACGGAGCAGCCGCUGUUCUCCUGGCGAAACGCUCCAAGGCGGCCCAGCUGGGGCUGCCCAUCCUGGGGGUGCUCAAGUCCUUCGCCGUGGUCGGAGUCCCGCCGGACGUCAUGGGCAUCGGACCAGCCUACGCCAUCCCGGUGGCCCUGGAGAAGGCAGGUUUGACUCUGAAUGAUAUUGAUAUAUAUGAAAUUAAUGAAGCCUUUGCUAGCCAGGCUGUGUAUUGCAUUGAAAAGCUGGGCAUUCCCUUGGAGAAAGUCAACCCCCUGGGAGGAGCCAUAGCCCUGGGACACCCUCUGGGCUGUACCGGCACUCGCCAAGUUGUCACUUUGCUCAAUGAGUUGAAGCGCAGAGGGAAGAGAGCCUACGGUGUUGUAUCCAUGUGCAUGGGAACUGGCAUGGGAGCUGCAGCGGUGUUUGAGUAUCCGGGGAACUAAACUCCGCUGCACUGAAGCCCCAACGCAGCACCUAAUUCUCUGCCUUCUCUAGUUAUAGCGAAUGAUUUGCACUGUGAAAUCAAGAGGAUUCAGGGAUUCUUUACUAGACCUACAAAUCUUAGCCACAAAUUAAGCAGAAUAAAAUGUUUCGAUCUGGCAUUUGCUUCAGAGUUGCAAUGCAUCCUAACAUGAGAAAGGAAAUGUGAUCACCUGAACUUCAACUUAGACCUAGGUGUGAUGCUUAUGAAUUAAUAUUUCUAAUCUGCCUGAUCCCUUUAUUCUGUGAAUAUUACCAGAGAGUGGUAGAUGAUCAGAGAGUCACCUUGUUUGACAAACUUUCUACCAUUGGCACCUAGUGCAUUGCCACUUCCAUUUUAUGGCUUUUCCAGGAUUUUUUUUUUUUUUUAAAAAGAUCUUUAUAUAAAUCAAUCUUGUAAGAGUUCUGGAAAGGCUUAUUUUUGUAAGCAGUGCAAAGAUGGCUAACAUCUUUUACUUUAUUACUGUUCUACUCAAAUUGUAGGCUGGCUAUGUCUUCAGGUGUCCAUAUGCUGAGGGCUGUGCUUUAGCAUUCUCUUUUUUUUUUUCUUUUCACAAAACUGGUGUGAACUCUCCAGUGGGGCAACAUGGAAAGACUAACAAAUAAUACAUUCAUAAGCCAGGCUUUUCUUGUCAAACAAGCGAUUGAGGUCCCAGAAUAGAAAAGGUUUGAUUGAAGGGCUAGAAGCUAGGAAUUUGAAACUGGCCCUUCCAUCUUUUACAGCAUUUUUUUUUUUGUGUAAGUUGUGUGAUUUUUAACUUGGAAGACAAGGUUCCGUUUAAUGAUAUUUAAUUACCCAACAUGGAGCAGGCUUCAGCGUAUCACAGGCUGCAAGCACUACGUGACCAUCGGCAACAUGCUCAGUGCUUCAAUGCGGUACAAAUGUAUACGUUGCAUACUGUAAUGUUCUCCCCUAUCUGUCUUCUCUCUCCCUUAAGAGCAGAAAGAUCAUUAAAACUGAGUGAGAUGCUUGAAAGAGAAAUGUACUUAUUGCCUCUGACAUGUCAGAAAAGCUUAAAUUUUAACUCAGACUGAAAUACUUUGUCCUAGCUCUUGUUUUGCACUUAAUAAAUACAAUCAUGUUCUUGCA